GCCCCCCGCGCUAGCAUGCUGCGUCAGGUGCUCCACGCGGGUCUAAGAACCUCCUUCCACGCCCUGGGACGAUUCGUGGCCAGUCAUCCGGUGUUUUUCGCCUCCGGGCCGGUCCUGUUGGCAAUCCUCCUCGGGUCUAGCUUCAGUCGGUACCGGGUGGAGGAGGACGUGGAGGGGCUGUUAGUACCGAAGCAUAGUUUAGCCAAAAUCGAGGGGAAUCUGGUGGACAGCUUGUUCCCGAUCAACAGGUCCAAGCAUGCGCUGUACUCGGAUCUGCAAACUCCAGGGAGGUACGGGAGGGUCAUCAUCACCACCAAGAAGGGCAGUGUGCUGGACCCUCUGCAAAUGGACGCCAUACUUGAGCUUCAUCGUAGGAUCUCCCAAAUGCAGGUGACCGUCCCCGCAUCAGGCCUGAACAGCUUCAACUACACCUUCUCCUACCUCUGUCUCCUGGACGACAAAAACUUCUGCAUCAUCGACGACAUCAUCCGUGCCAUGGAGGAGAUCCAAUCAGCUCGCAGCUCCAACCGCACACUUCCUGUUUUACGCUACCCCAUCACCGAGCUAGCGGAUGGCCGGCAGGCUUACAUCGGUCACCAGCUGGGAGGAGUAGCCAAUGGCGGUGCAGUGCAAGGGGCGGGACUUAGAGGAGAAGGGGUGCGGUCUGCUAAAGCGCUACAGCUAACAUACUACCUCCAAUCACGCGGUGGUUUGAUGGACAGGGUAGCCAGCCAAUGGGAGAAAGCGUUUUGCACAGAGUUAAAACAAUUCGGAGACCUACAUCCUAAACUCACUGUAUACCCCUCCACUUCUUCAUCUCUAAGGACAGAUUUCCAGUUCUCCUCUGUGCUUGCGCGACGCCCUCUCCUGGCCAGUCUGGGCGUGUGCGGAGUGUUAGCUGUGUUAUGUUGUUCGAUGAGGGAUUGCGUCAGAUCUAAACCGUGGUUAGGACUCCUGGCUCUGCUCUCCAUCACAUUGUCUGGUCUCACGGCUGCUGGGAUACUCAACCUCACCAGAGCCACCUACAACUCCACCUAUCUGGGCAUACCAUUUGUCAUGCUAGGCCACGGUCUGUUCGGCUCCUUUGAGAUGUUGUCGUCUUGGAGAAGAACCAGGGAGGAUCAGCACGUGAAGGAGCGCGUGGCCAGUGUGUUUGAGGAUGUCAUGCUUCGCUUCUCCGGCUCCACCCUCAUCCACCUGCUCACCCUGGGCCUGGCUGCCUCCCCCCUUACCAACAUGGACGCCGUACGACUCUUCUGCCGCACCGCUACAUUAGCAGUCGCGGUUAGCUACAUCUAUACGCUCUCGUUCUACAGCUCCUGCCUCGUAUUCACAGGCUAUCUCGAAACGGGAUAUAGACACGGUUGUUUUUGCCGAAGAGUACCCAAACAAGAUCGUCUCGACUCCAAACCAGCGUGGUAUCGGUAUCUAAUGUAUACUCGCUACCAAGACGAAACGCAAAACCCACCCAUUAGCAACAAUUCAAAUUUAAACCAUGUCAACUCACAUCCGCUGACUAUGAAUAACUCCACAGUGCACAGUGGUCAUCCCCACACAGCCAAUUCGACCCACGGACCACCCAACCCCACCCCGAGUCUGGACCCCAACCCUCAGGACUCCCACCUGUUACUGGGGUGUAUGCGGCGUUGCUAUGGAGACUGGAUUACAAAUACAUAUGUGAAGCCGUUUGUGGUGCUGCUCUACCUGGUUUACAUUUCCUUUGGGUUAAUGGGAUUCUUACAGGUGUCCCAAGGCUCCGAUCCCAGUGCGCUGGUUGCCAUGGACACGGCCACCGUUUUGUACACAAGAGCUCAACAGCAUUACUUCAGCUCCUACUCCCCCGUCAUCGGAUUCUACAUCUACGAGAGCGCCCCCUACUGGAACUCCUCCGUACAACACGACCUGCUAGAAUAUGCUAAAGGCUUCCAGAGAAUCAGCUGGCUCGAAGCGUACCUCAAUUAUCUAUCGGACCGCAACGAAUCCACAAGUCAACCACGAGAGAACUUUACUCAUACUUUACGGCACUAUUUCUUAAAAGAACCGGAGUUCGCCCAUUUUGCUGAUGAUAUCAUUUUUGCAGAACGUGGGCAGGGCGAGGAACCGGAUGUGGCUGCUUCCCGGAUUUUCCUCGUUGCAAAAACCACAGAAAAUAAACGCGAGGAGAUGUCAAUUCUUUUGGAUACGCUACGCCGCCUUUCGCUGACAUCGAGAGUGCGAUUUCUUAUUUUUAACCCAUCUUUUGUCUAUUUGGACCGCUACUCUACCGCUGUCAGCUCCCCUCUUAGACACUCCUUAAUAGCUGUGAUUUUUCUACUAGCUCUUUCUUCACUAGCGCUAGUUGAACCUUUAGUUGCAAUAUGGCUUGGGCUAACGAUUUUGUCAGUACAAUUUGGCGUGCUUGGAUUCAUGACAUUAUGGAAUGUGGAGAUGGAUUGCAUGUCCAUUUUGUGCCUAAUCGCGGCUAUGGGACACUCCGUAGACUGUAGCGCUCCCUUGCUGUGCUGUUUUGCAUCGGGAAGAGGUGAAAGUAGAACUCGUUGGGUUAGAGUUGCCCUAGAAAGGCAUGGCAUCCCAAGUUUACAAACCUUAAUAUGCUAUAGUGCAUCUUUAGUACCGCUUGGAUCUGUACGUUCGAAUUUGACUAGCACACUUUUUCGUUGCCUGAUGAUUACGGCUUGCUGUUCGGCCUUGCACACUUUAGCCUUCUUGCCCACUCUUCUUACGUUUUUGCCCCCCUCCAAAAACAGACCAGGGCCCCAUCCAGAUACAGACAGCCAUCACAGACAGGAGGUGGAGUGCGUGGAAAUGAAUGAUACAAGAGUGGUGGACCAGAUUACUACUGUCUAAAGUCAAUGGUACUUAAACACUUCA